GGCGUCAGUGGUCAAUGCUGGAUGCUGUCAGCGGCGAGAGGAGAGAGGAGUACGAAUGAACGAGACCAAGAAGUGCUGUAGAAACUGCAGUUAAAUCAAAUAAAACAUACAAUUUUGUCAGGGUGUAUUGACACGGGAGUCAAAAAUAGACACACAUCGCUUCAUUUAUAUUAUUUAGACCAAGAGUAUUUAUUACAGAGCAAGACCUGGUGUGUUAACGAGCAAUGGCGUUGAAAAGAAUUCAAAAGGAACUGACAGAUUUACAAAGGGAUCCUCCAGCGCAAUGCUCAGCGGGACCAGUAGGGGAUGACUUAUUUCACUGGCAAGCAACCAUCAUGGGACCGAAUGACAGUCCUUACCAAGGAGGGGUGUUCUUUCUGACUAUUCACUUCCCCACAGAUUACCCCUUCAAACCGCCCAAGGUUGCAUUCACAACAAAGAUCUACCACCCUAAUAUUAACAGCAAUGGGAGCAUUUGUUUGGAUAUCCUGAGGUCACAGUGGUCACCUGCUCUCACCGUAUCUAAAGUACUGUUGUCAAUCUGCUCCCUGCUGUGUGAUCCGAACCCAGACGACCCGCUGGUACCAGAGAUUGCACACACCUACAAAUCAGAUAGGGAAAAGUAUAACAGACUAGCAAGGGAAUGGACUCAAAAGUAUGCAAUGUGAGAACCUGUGAAAUUCAAACAAAGAAGCAAAGAAACACAAAAACAAAAAUGUUUUACAUUUACACUAGCAGAGAGGACAUGAGAGGGGAAUGAAAUAAACCACACUCUGGAGAAAGAGAGAGCGAGAGACACACCAGUGCUACUGUACCUGGCUGCUGACUGCUGAUCGUCUGCCCUGUGCCAUUUACCAUGACCUGUGUGGGUCUGCCAUGUACGGCCUGGCUAGUACUGCACACCAUCACCCUAGAGAAGGAAGUCACCUCUUCAGCUCUGAGUGCCCUAGGCCAACACCCUGGAAGUGCAAACUGUCUUUAUUAUUAUUAUUAUUAUUAUUAUUAUUAUUAUACAAUAUUAUUGUUACACUGAAUGAUAAAUAUUGGGUUGAGAGGUAGGAAGGGUCUCUGCUUGGCACCCCUUCCUUUAAUAUUGUACUUUGAGACCCUGUGGAUGUUAUGUGUUGCUGUAUGUGUACGUAUGCUGUGGCCUUCUGCCAUAUUAAUGUGAGCAGCCAUUUCUCCAACGUCACUGGGCCCAGAAGAAAACGCCGAGCUUGAGGCGGCGGAGGGACGAGCUUGUCUGCGUCUGGCAGCCCUCGCUUUGCGAGUCACGCCGAGCCUAAUGGGAAGGGUUUAACUGAAGGACGUGCCGUGGCCUUCCGGUGGUGUGGGAAAGGAUCUGGCAAUAGUUUUCUAUUCAAAGAUGCUCAUUUUAAUAAGGCAGAACUCUGUAUGCACAUUUAUACAUAGGUGCACUAGGUAUUUGGGGGUAGUUGUGUUUGUGCAGUGACAGGCAAGCAUUCUUUAUCACCCAUUCCCCCCCCCCCCCACCCCCCCCACCCCACACGCAAGAGACGGCAACUGGAAUUUUCUGGGAUGACACCUUUGGUCAUGACGACACUGGAGAACAAACUCUCAGAAGCCACCUUUCUCAUUUGUUCUCCUUUCUGCGGCCUCCGAACUGCCGCAAAGAGCCAUCUAGUUUUGGCAUACAACUGUGACAUGACGCUAUGACCUUUGACCUGGGAAGUGUUCACUCCUCAGAGCGUAGCCGGACUCAUAGCCAUAGCGCUGGACAGAGCGUCAGCCCCUGUCCACUGGCACCCAUCCCUCAUUCUCCAUCAUCUGACUGCAACGCGCUGCUGAUACACGACUGCUUUUAAACUAGCUGUUAUUGGCUUCUACGGUGUGAGGUAAAGAGCCACACUGUGCAUUAGAAAGAGUUGCUGGUUCAAUUCAGACGGUACUAGCUUCCCCCAGGAGACCUGCAUUAAAGAGGAUCAUAGAAGGGUCCCGUUUCAGCAUCCCCUCUAGUUUAGAGAAACGUCUGUCGCACACAUUGAUAUUGAUUAACAUCUCAGUUGAAUGAAUGGAGCUUUCUUGCCAAACACUUUCAGUUCAUUCAGUAAACAGCAUCUUUACAUGCUGUUAAAUUCAGUUUGUAGAUGAUAUUGGAUGAACCUGGGAGAAAAAGGAUGGACUAACUGUAAACGCUUAUCUAGGUGAAAUUUACAUUUUGUCAGCUUUCUUUGAAGAGGUUGGAGGUUUGAAGUAUUUAUUCCCCCUUUUGAUCUGAUGUUUAAGGCAAAGACUUGUUCCGGGCUCAUGAAACUUAAAAAGCAUGCUUUUUUUAUGUGAAAUGUCAGAUUGUUAACCUGUUGCGCUGACCUAACUAUUUUUGAAUGCUAACUAUAGUCAAGGUUCUCACCAUGAUAUACUGUGAAGAUGCAGACAGAACUUUUCAAUAAUGUUUCUCAAUAGUGGUGUUUCCAUACCAGGUUUUUGGCUGUAGCUACUGUAUAUGUUCUCAGUAUUGUGGGAUAUUUUGUCCUUUUCCAGCAAACAUUCACAAAUUGCUCCACUGGUACGGAGGCCCAGGUCUUUCUAUUCAAGUUCUUUCAAGUUUACAUGCCAUUCUGAUAAUUUACAUAUACUUUCUGGCAAGGUCAUUCAUAAAUGCUGCAUACAUAAUUGCAUGUGGUUAGAGCAUUACACUUGGGGCAAGGGUCUGGAAUCAAGGUGGCAAGACAACUCUCAUAUCCUAAAGCAAGGUAUGCUACCUCAUUUGCUCCAGUAAAAACUAAGGAUUGCAGGAAGCAUAUGGAAAACUGUUAACUCUAAAAUGUUGUUUACAUGUAGAAGUGGAGCUUAACUGCUCUUGAAAAUAUUAGAGAAAGGCCAAGAGUCUAAAUGGAAACUCCUCUAUUGUUAAUUUUACCUCUACCAUUAGCUGUUAUCGGAUGUUUAGAUCAAGUGAAAGAGACAUUUCAGAGCAUCCCCUUGUUAGGUACAGUGAGUAUACACAAUCAAAAACUGUAUUUAAGCAGUGCAUACGUUUUCUCUCUGCUACUUCAAAAAGUGUUUUACUGUAAUGAAUGUAUCCAGGCACUAGUUUUUGGGGAUACAAUUAAACUUAAAUGCCAAUCUAUGUGAA